AUCAGUGUUAAUUCCGAAGAAGACGCUACUAAUGAUGAUAAUCCCGUUUCUGUUAUUAUUUCCAACCCAAAAGUUCUCGAUUGCUACAACUGUUUGCAACCCUUAACUAUUCCAGUUUUUCAGUGUGAUAAUGGUCAUACUGUUUGCUCUACCUGUUGUCCUCAACUUAGGAACAAGUGUAUCAAGUGUUCAUUACGCAUUAGCUCAAAACGUUGUAAAGCCGUAGAGAAUAUUCUGCAAUCUAUGGAAAUGUCAUGUCCAAAUGAAGAACAUGGCUGUCGGAAGACAAUAAGUUAUUGUGGAAAGAGAAAGCAUGAAGAAGAAUGCACCGAUGCACCAUGUUACUGUCCCCUUUCAGGUUGCAACUUUGUUGCUUCAUCACGAUUGUUGUCCGACCAUUUCCGCCGUAAACACGGGGAUUCUCAGAUCAAAUUUUCUUAUGGUCACUCCUUCAUUGUCUCCUUGAAGUCCAAUGAUGAAACCACUAUUCUUCAAGAAAAAUAUUCUGGCAAAUUGUUUAUUCUCAAUAAUAGUACUACCCUUUUGGGAAAUUCAGUCAGUAUUAGCUGCAUUGGUCCUAACUCUUUUGAGGCUGACUAUGUUUACGAUAUAUUGGCUAAGUUCAAAAACUGCAGUCUAAAAUUGCAUUCUUUGUUGAAGAACAUCCAGAGUGUUACUUUAGCAAGUCAAUCAUCAGAUUUCCUUGUGAUUCCAUCUUGUUAUUUUGGUUCUUCUAAAUUUGUCAAGCUAGAAAUUUGCAUAACCCCCAAGAUACAAAUCUUUGUAUUUGAUCUGACUAGACAGAGGACAUCCACAUCCCUGAAGGUGGAGAGUUCAGACACAAUAGCCAAUGUGAAGGAGGAGAUUUUUGAUAAGAAUGGGAUCCCAGUCUACCAGCAACGCCUGAUCUUUGACGGUAAACAACUAGAAGACCUCCGCACCAUUGCGGAUUACAAAAUCCAAAAUAAUUCAACCCUCAACUUCGCCCUCCGCCUCUGUGGGCCACCAUUAUCAUGAAGAGAAUCAUCCUAUAAGUAGAGAAUCAGAUUUAAGCUUUGUUGGUGUCCAAAGGAUUUGGUAGUCACACUCAUCUAAGCAUAGGUGGUUGGUUGUAUGCAUGUUUAAACUUUUCAUUCAUUAGUGCAGCAAUACGAGGAUGUCUUGUUUACUCAGUGGAACUUUUUACUAUUGUUAGUUGCUGAACUUUUUGCUGCAGGUAUUGCUGUUGCAAUUAGAUUUUUUUCUUUUAUCGUUGUUGCUGGACUUUUUGUUUUUGUUUUUG